AUGGCCGCGCCGCUUGACCUCCAAUCCGCUGGCCGUGAAUUCGACAAAUGGCUGGAUUGGAACGGAACUGCAGAUACCUUUCCACGAGCUCCCGAAGAAGACAAUCUUGCUCCAAAUCAAGCCCUUCACGCACUUCCGAUAUCCCCAUCAUCGACCGCAAAUGGAGAUUCUCUCCCUGCCCAACUCAAGACCGACCUCCUCACCGCCCUUCCAUCUCAAGAUCUGUUGACCCCGCGACACAGUUCAGCAUCUCCAGAAUCACGAUCUAGUCUCGAGAUGCGACUCAGUGGCGACACACUAAGAGAACAGCCAACCCCAAGUAUACGACCUAUGCUCAAACGGAAACUGUCACCCACCGAUAUCCCAAUGACGGACUACCGGCAUGAAGCUCCUGCCAAAAAGCGGCCGCAUAACAUAAUUGAGAAGAGAUAUCGUGCCAAUCUCAAUGAGAAGAUAGCCGAGCUGAGGGACAGCGUGCCUAGCCUUCGGUUCGCACAGAAGACAAAAGUUCGUGAAUCAGCCAAUGGAGAAUCUGAUGAGGAGGAUCUGGAUGGCCUCACCCCAAGCAACAAGCUCAACAAGGCUUCGAUAUUGACAAAAGCGGUCGAGUACAUCCGCCAUCUCGAGUUCCGGACGAAGCGCUUAGAGGAAGAAAACAAGGCACUAAAAGAACGGCUCGAGAUCCUUGACAAAGUAAUCGCUCAAGGCGGUCAUGAUGCUCAAAGAGCUGCUGCUUUCACGAGCAAUGUGGUAAUAGAGGAAUCUUCACCGGCUUCAAAUAGCCAGUCCCCCUCAUCCGAAUCGACAGACGCAACCACCCACCCUCCGCAGGGCCUGAUCCCAUUGCCCGAGAGUUGGAGGCGGCUACGACAAAACCAACCACAGGAACAUUACGGCCACAUCUAUGAAACCCCGUCAGAACGCUCGAGACUCAAGGGGAAAUGGCCUACGAGGAUCAUUCUGGGUUCAAUUGCCAGUCUGAUGGUAAUAGAUGGCCUCAGUGAGUCCGAUAUGGGCUCAACAUCCCGUGAGAAGGGCCUAUUUGGAAUUCCCCUCGAGCUUCUUGAUGGCUGGAAAUUUCUACGUUCUCCUCGGAUAUACUUGACUGCAUUCAGUCAGUUCUGCCAGGCCGGUGGCAUCAUACCCUUAGUCAAAGGAUUCAUUGCCCUGACAUUCCUGGCUUUCCUCAUCUUUUCAUAUUUGUUCAAUUCAAAACCUCCACCGAAAACCGAUGUCGAGGAGCUGGGCACUACCUCGAGACAGGUUCCAGCUCCAGCCUCGCCCAUUCAAGUUCGACGCCGCGCCUGGAGCACGAGCAUGCAGGAACUACACCUUCCUCAUCAUCACUUCUUCCCCGAGUGGAUAGCCAUUACUUGUGAAUGGCUCAAGUAUACCUUUGGCUAUCUUUUUGGAGCACGCGCCUAUGCUUGGCUUACCGGUCGCACUGCUGACGACGACGUGGCUCGGAUCAAGGCGUGGGACAUUGCAAUUGACGCACAAUUGGCUGGUGGUGAUGCCGAAGUGAGCCGAAGCCGAUUGCUCCUGACAAUCUUUGGUGCAGGAACUCUCCCCCGAUCACCUCUGCGGUUAAUGCUGAAAACACUCCAUUGUCGGGUGCUCCUGUGGAACGUGGGCUCACUCGGAACUGGAGUAUCCAGGAUCGCUAACCGCGUCGGGAAGUUUUUUGCAAACAGGCAAUGGGGCCGCGCCAAAGACUCGCACGACAAUUUACCCCUGCAUCAUCCGGAUCCCCUCCCUCCGUAUCUUGCCAACAUGCUUGAUAUGCCGUGCGAUCAUGUAUUCCUGGAUACAGUCUGUCAGAGGGCGUACAAUUUGAUGUACGACCGACCCACGCAGGAAGAUUCUCCCAAUCCCCUUCUGGACGUCGUGGUCGAAGAUCAUGCAGUCAGAUCACCGCUUGAUGCUGUUGCUGCCUGGCGGUCAAUGUUGUCACUGACAGAGGCUUUGGAGCUGUCUCUGCACACAGCCGAGGAAUCCGCUCGUGUCCAAGAGCACUUGAGUGCUGCGCUCAAAAUUGCGCCACCAGGCUCCGCAGCUGAAACGCGAGCGCUGGCCGCAAGCUCGGUCCUGAGCGAUACUGCUCAAUCCGACUAUUUCAGGCGGGCAUCAGAGGCCAUGAAAGUGUUGUCCACUCCCACCACGCAGCCAGCAGCUGACACUCGACCCCCUUAUUUCAUCGACUCGUCAACUCCCCCAUCCGCUAGGGCUGAUAUCAUGAACUGCUUGCAUUGUGCAGAAACUUUGCGGAUUCUCGAUCGUGAAGAUCAUGACCUCAAAGACAACGAAACAGAAGCAUUGGCCUUUUUCAAUUCGAAGAAACUUGAGAUCGAACACACGCACCUGUUGGCGCAGGCAGCGAGGAAGCACCUUCUCCGACGGCUGCCAGCUAUUGAGAAACCAGCAACUGCUGGAAGGGAAGAGGUUCGCGUUCUACCACACGAUCACAUAUAUGCUGCUGACGUGUUGGGCAUGCAAAAUAGUCAAAACAAGAUCCCGCGCCGGUAUAGUGAAACUAGCACCGACUCUGGCUAUGACAGUCAGGAUGCUUGUAUAUCCUAUUGGGACAUGGAUGCUGGGCCAUUGCCGGGAAACACAGCUUGA